AUAGCGCCAUCAGCGCUGGGUUUUUUAUGCAAAUAUGGCAGCCCACAUGGAAACUCAACUUUGCCAAAUUUGGAUCGGAGCUCAAACUGGCAUUUUGAAGGGAAUAGAUUUGAAAAAGAAUGCAGCAUCUAAUUUCACAGACCUCACAACUUUAGAGAAGAACAAAGAAAUUACAUCAAUAUGCUGGUCUGGAACUGAUGAAAGACAGGUUCUACUUGGUUUAAGGAAUGGCACCGUGCGAGUAUUUGAUCCAAAGAAGAUGGUCUAUGAUGAAGACUUCCUAGAAUGUGAUACAGAUGGAGAUGGCCUCUUCAAAGGGUUAGCUUCCCUCGAUGAGGACAGACUCAUUACAUGUCAAGAAUCAGGACUGGUCAGAGUUUGGCAGAAAGGACAGUCGGAACAUACAACUGAAAUUAAAGCUGGUGCCAACUUGAGUAGGAUGAGACAGAAUCCACAUAGGAGGCAGUGUAUAGCAACAGGUGGAAAGGAGAACGACCUCAAAGUAUGGGAUCUCGAACAUCCAGCUGAGCCAAUAUUCAAAGCAAAAAAUGUGAGGAAUGAUUUCCUAGACCUAAGGGUUCCUGUAUGGGUGAAUGACAUGCAGUUUCUUGCUAAUUCAUCAAAGAUUGUAACCUGUACAGGCCAUCAUCAGGUGAGGUUAUAUGAUCCCAGUACAACACAGAGAAGACCUGUUCUUGAUAUUUCAUUUGAUGAAUACCCUCUUGUCUCCAUGGCAUUGGUUCCUGGUGAUAAUGCAGUACUGGUUGGGAAUACACAAGGUCGGAUGGCAGAAAUAGAUCUCAGAAAAGGUCAAGUAGGACGGAUGUAUAAAGGUUUUGCAGGGAGUAUACGAGACAUGCAGUGUCACCCUACCCUUCCCCUAGUAGCGUCCUGUGGUUUGGAUCGAUUUCUCAGGGUACAUGAUAUACAUGAUGGAUCAUUAAGAAGCAAGAUUUAUCUCAAAUCCAAGCUCAAUUGUUUACUAUUCUCAUCCAGAGACUUCACCCAGGAUGAAGAUAUGCUGGAGGCUGGCAAGAAGAAGAAGGUUGUUGACGACGAGGAAGAGAGUGAAGAAAUUUGGCAGAAUAUGAAGACGAUUACAGACACAAAUCCAAAGAGUGAGAAGAAGAAGAGGAGGAAAACCAAGGAAACUAGUGAAACAGGGAAAAGUGACAAUCUAGCUGCAAGAAAAAAGCUGAGAUCUAGUCGAACUGGGGAAGCCUGAUGACCAGAGAAUGAUGAUAGAAUGGCAAAAUUUAUAUCCGUGUAACAUGCAAAUGGUUUCUUUAGGGACAGAUCGUUGAUUAUCAAAGUCUUAUGUCAUUCCAUUCUUCAAAGAUCGUACUGGGAACAUUGACUUGGCCACAGUAGGGAUAACAACCCCGGGACCCGUAACACAGAGCUUAGCGAUCAUCGUAGAACAUUUUAAUUACGAUUGAUUGCAUUGGCUACGAGAUACAAUCAAUUGUGAAAAUCAAGCGUAUGAUCAGUUGCUAAGCUUCAUGUUACAGGACCCAUAUCUCAAAAUGAUGUGAGCUUUUAACAAUAAAUUACAGAAAACCGGCUUCUGUAUUUCACUACUGGGAUACCAACAUGUUUAUUUGAUUUAUUAUAUUUGUUCAGAAAAUUCAGGUUUUAUAACCAGUAUUCCUUUUUAAAGACUUUACAAUUAUGUUUACUUUUACAUUUUGGUGACAGGUAUAUACAAAUAAACUUCAGGGCCCCGUCUUACAAAGAGUUAUGAUUGAUCCAAUCAAUCGUAACUCUAUGGAUAUCCAUCAGUGUCAUAAUU